AUGAUCCACCCAAGACCAUCUACUCGUCUCGUCUGUAUUUCGGAUACUCAUUCCCAUUACAGCUUCGAUUUACUAGAUGGUGAUAUUCUAUUGCAUCCUGGUGGUAUAUCACGAACGGACUCGUCAAUACGAAACGAUUUCGGAAUUAUUUAUCUACAAGAUGAAAUAUACGUUGGUCCAGUUACAGAAUUGAAAUUGUGCGAAAGUCCAUGGCAACCAGAAUUUUGUGACUGGGCAUUCAAUGUCGAACGGGAAUAG